AAGAGACUCAUACAAAAGAAUUAGAGUAGAGAGAGAGAGACAUAAUGAGACGUCAACCACCACGUACACGUAACUCACCACCGCAAUCUCACUCAUCUCCGUCGUCAUCUUCAUCGGAAUUCGAAUUCAACAUCUCAAUCUCGCCGCGAAAAGCUUCUUCUUCUCUUUGUCCCGCCGAUGAACUCUUCUACAAAGGCCAGCUUCUUCCUCUCCAGCUCUCUCCUCGUCUUUCUCUAGUCCGUACACUCUGUUCUUCUUCUUCUUCCUCAGAGUACACUUCAUCUUCCUCCUCCUCAGCCGCAACCUCCGCCGCACGUGACUCCACUGAAUCUAACUCCUCCACUGAUUCCACCGCUUCUUUCCCUCUCCUCCACCCUCCUCCGCUUGAUUGUUGUGACUCUUCUCGUCCUAGCUCUGUAACUGACGAUGAAGAUUUCUUCUUUAAACCUCCAAAGAACAAAUCUUUAAGUAGUGGUUUCUCUCUCUCUAGAUUCUCCUCUGUUUUCAAGAAAGACCCCAAAACCAAUCUCCAUUCAUCCUCCUCCGCCGCAACCGCCGCAGCUCCGUCGUCGGUUAAGAGAAUGAGCUCAACAGCGAAAGAAGUUAUACGCAAAUACAUGAAAAAGGUCAAACCUUUAUACGACAAGUUAUCUCAAAAACAGAGCUCCACUAUAAAAACAGAGUCGUCAUUAUUAUCUCUCAAAGAUUCCGGCAACAACAUACGUAGAACCACCACCACAACCACCACGACAACCACCGUCACAGCCGCUCCAACCGUUGUCUCUUCCGGUAAUGGUUUAUCUAUCUCUUUCUCCGGAAACCUAAUGAAAUACACAAAACGAGGACGAUGCGCGGCGAGUUGUCCGUCAUCGAUGAGGUCAUCUCCGAAUCACUCCGGCGUACUGACACGUGGCGGUUUCCCGGGUCAUCAAGGAGCUAGCAGCAGCAACAAUAACAGUGUGUCUUCUUCAAUGGAAGAGUUACAAAGUGCUAUUCAAGGAGCUAUUGCUCAUUGCAAGAACUCAAUGUUACAGAAGAAUUUGGUUAGUAGUCUCGAGAUCUAGCUUAUAUCUUUUGGUUCCAUUUUAUCAUGUUUUUUUUUUAUGUCUUGAUUUUUCUAGUCAUUUUUAAAGUUUGAUCUACUUUUUUGUUUUAGUGUGAUUCAAACAUUCGAUUUAAUUAACGAUGUUAUUGGUUGUUUUAUAAUUUGUUUGGUUAACUUAACUCAUAAUAAGACAUUGUAGUUUGGUGAAUCAUUUGAAGAAGAUUCAUCUUAAAUAUAUCAAAAUUUUAGUA